UCUAUCGAAAAAGGACAAGUCAUUGGUCGAACCGCCGUAUAUAUAUUUUUUUCCAGCCUGGUUGGAUAACCCCUUACACAAGAACUUGCGUAAAGCAACAGCAUCGCUUGUGUAAGAAUAUUUACACAGUGGUACAAUAUUCAGCAGCUUCUCAGCAGGGAAUUUCCAUAACCGACGGAUAGAAGCAUUGCAGUCCUGCAGAAAACUGGUUUAAGUUGUUGUGAUGAUGCUGCGUUGGGGGGGGUGUUUUCCAUUGCUCCUCCCCCUCCUUGCCCUGCUGUGUGGGCGUUGCCUGGCCCAGAGCGCUCAGCCCAUGUUCCGGUCGGUGACGGAGAAGGUCCUGCCCCCUGACGACCUGCACAACCCCACUCAGCUGAACUAUGGGAUGGCCAUAACCGACGUGGACGGUAACGGAGACCUGGAAGUGGUCGUGGCAGGGUACAACGGUCCUAACCUGGUUCUGAAGUAUGACCGUGACCAGGGCAGGCUGGUGAACAUCGCGGUGGACGACCCCAGCUCCCCCUUCUACGCGCUGAGAGACCCCGCGGGAAAUGCCAUCGGAGUGACGGCCUGCGACGUGGACGGGGACGGCCGCGAGGAGAUCUACUUCCUCAACACCAACAACGCUUACUCUGGUCGGGCCACCUACUCUGACAAGCUCUUUAAGUUCCGUCACGGACGCUUCGAGGACCUCCUGGGGGACGACAUCAACGUGCGCAGAGGAGUGGCCAAUCGGAUGGCAGGGCGCUCGGUGGCGUGCGUGGACAGAAAGGGAACGGGGCGAUAUGCUGUGUAUGUGGCCAACUAUGCCAGUGGAAACGUGGGACCACAUGCCCUGAUUGAGAUGGACGAGGCGGCCAGUGACCUGGGCCGAGGCGUGGUGGCCCUGUCAGACGUGGCGGCGCAAGCCGGGGUCAACAAGUACACAGGUGGGCGUGGUGUAGUGGUUGGACCAAUCCUGAGCCAGAGCAGCUCUGACGUGUUCUGUGACAAUGAGAAUGGACCUAACUUCCUGUUCCGGAACAACGGGGACGGAACCUUCACCGACAUGGCUAGACAGGCAGGGCUGGAGGACCGAUUCCAACAUGGCCGCGGCGUGGCCCUGGCAGACUUCAACGCCGAUGGGAGGACUGACAUUGUCUACGGCAACUGGAACGGCCAGCACAGACUGUACCUACAAGAUGACAACCAGAGAUUCAGGGACAUUGCCAGCGCUGCGUUCUCGUCCCCGUCACCAGUGCGGACAGUCAUCGCUGCAGACUUCGACAACGACCAGGAGCUGGACGUCUUCUUCAACAACAUCGCCUACCGAGGAUAUGCCCCCAACAGGCUCUUCAGGGUGACCAGGAGGACCGGCGAUGACCCCCAGAUAGAGGAGCUGAACGUGGGGGAGGCGGCAGAGCCACAGGGUCGGGGCACAGGUGCCACGGUAACAGACUUGGACGGGGACGGUCGGUUGGACUUGCUGGUGGCACACGGGGAGAGUGCCUCUCAGCCCAUUUCUGUCUUUAUGGUCACUCAGGGCUCGUCCAAUCACUGGCUUCGUGUGAUCCCUCGGACGCGGUUUGGCUCUUUUGCCCGCGGGGCCCGGGUCACAGCCUACACCAAACAGAGCGGAGCUUUCACCCGUGUUAUUGACGGCGGGUCGGGGUACCUCUGCGAGAUGGAGCCCGUCGCCCACUUUGGACUGGGCAAGGAUGAGGUCACAGUAGUUGAAGUCUAUUGGCCGGAUGGUCGUUCCGUGGCCCGCCUACUGCAGCCCGAUGACAUGAACUCUGUGAUGGAGAUUGGCUACCCAAAAGAGGGGGAGGAGUCAGGACUAGCCCCUGAUACCCAGUGUGGAGACGGAUUCAUUGUCAAAAAUGGCCACUGUGCAGCUCACUCGGCAGGCCUGUAAGUUCACUGAACGCCACAGCCCGCAGAACCAGUGGCGAAACUGAGUCUUGGUCUACCAGAUGGCAACAGAUUUUCAAGAUUAACUAGUGCUCUGACGGGUGUCUGAGACACAUCAUGUCAGUUGCUGUGCUUUGCUUUUCAUCUUUCUCUGUAGAUCAGUGGUUUGCUUUUGUUGACCCAUGUUGGCUAUUUCAUUUGAACAUUUUGAACUAUACAACUUGAUGUAUACACUUUGAAUAAACACGUAGCACAAGGGAAUUUAUUUUUGAAACACCUUCCUCCAACUUUCCUGGGAUGAAAAUGGCGACACCUGGUAUACAAUUCCAUAUCAUCUCUCUUACCAGUGUGACACCUGGUAUACAAUUCCACAUCAUCUCUCUUACCAGUGUGACACCUGGUAUACAAUUCCACAUCAUCUCUCAUACCAGUGUGACACCUGGUAUACAAUUCCACAUCAUCCCUCUUACUGGCGUGACCCCUGGUCCAGUCCCCGGACAAAAAUGUAUGUCAGCCGCAGGGUGGCAUAUUCAACAUAUUCAGUAGGUUUAUUUUGUUCUGACAGCCAAAGCUCAUAUGGUGGAGUGGUGUAGGAUCCCUUCCAGAGUGUUCUCCAAUAUCACUAAUCAUUUUGGGAGAAAAGCUCUGUGUCAGGGUAAUCUUUGCGAGUAUUGAUGGUGAGUAUCAUUUUGUGUGUGUAAUACACUCGUAAUUUAACAAAUAUGUAAUUCAGGUUGAUUCCAUUUAAGUGCUGAAAAUAAAU